AUGCCAGAGUACCCGCUCGGGGUUGCUAUCCUCCUUACGACCACCGCGGUUUGCAGCUUCGGUGUGUUCUUGAUCUCUGCUCGCGAGGGCAAGAUACAGCUUCCAGUAAAUGUCCGGGAGCAAGAAUCUCUCCUGAACGACCCUUUCGAUGUCACAACAUCAGAAGACGCGCUCGAUGGCACACCUGUCGACGAAGACAGCUUUUGGAGACGAAUGCGUCUCUGGAAGCUUGCUAUAGUGCUGCUUCUUGCAGGUGUUCUAAUUUCUGACUGUGUCUCUCUGGGAUGGGCAAUCGUUGAAGAAUAUCAAACCGAUCUGACUGUCUGCUCUCUCCGUGUUUUGUUCGCGUUUUAUGUGUUUCUUGUCUCGGCUCGCGCACUCAACCAGCAGUACAGUCUUCAUUCUGAAUCUGUCAUUCAUUUAUUCGUCCUAACGUUUGUAGCGACUGCCUUGCAGUGCACGACAGCCAUACUGCCGUCGUCUCGGUCUAUUGGCGCGGCAGCGUUCGGCGAUGUCUCUGUACCUCUUGCUCGUUGGUAUAAUGCUCUGGUGUUGUAUACUUCGGCCUUCUUGAUAGUGGUCAACAUACCCUGUGGACCUCCUCUCCACUGCCCCUCGGAGAGGAUAUACUCGGACAAAACUCUCAUGUUGGUCAACACCAGGGAAGAGGCCAAUGUUUGCUGUGUAACGGGUGCAUCUGUGUGGGAUAUCUUGUGCUUUUCCUACUGCGCCAAAGUCGUGAUGCUCGGUAGUAGCGCUGAAAGCAUAGAGAUUGCUGACCUUCCCAUUGUCCCCGCCGACAUCCGCAUAGCGAACAUAUACGCAGGCAUGCGUGCCGCAAUGCGUCGCUGGAAACUCCGCAUUCGGGACUGGUGUCCUAAGCUUGAUUCUGGCUGGGAACUGACGUAUCGACUGGUGCGGGUAAACGCGCACUCACUUAUUCUUAUCUUUAUUCUCGCUUCCAUUUCUGCGGCCAUAUUCUAUCUUUCGGCAUUCUUCCUGCGAAGGAUUAUUUCAUAUCUGGAGAAGGACCCCUGGAGGACAGACAAAGGAUGGGCAUGGGUGUACUGUGCAGGUCUCUUCUUCAGUAACGUGUUUGUGCAACUGCUCACCGGCCAACUGUUCUCGGUCUCACCCUCGUUCGCAAGGAUGCUGUAUCAACUAUCGUCGCCGCCCCAGCAGUCAGGAAUGGUGCAGAAGGAGAGGGUGCCGGUGGUGGUGGUGGGGAAGCGAAGAAGGAAGCUAGCGCUCUUUAUUCUUAUUGACUCGCCUGUCGAGAUCACAAUUGGGACAAUUUUUCUGUAUAAGCUUUUGGGUGUUUCUUGUUUCUUCGGUCUGGCUAUAACAUGUCUGUUUUUGCCUCUGAACCACUUCGCUGGGAAGAUAGUCGUGGGUGCCCAAGAGAAGCUCAUGAAGGCCCGAGAUGAACGAGUCAGCUUGCUGAACGAAUUUAUGGCGUGGGAAGGUAGCUUCGAAGCAAGAGUGCUGAAGGUUCGUGAAAGGGAACUGAAGGGUCACAGUGGUGCGAGUCUUCGGAGCCUCAUCGAAUUCCUUGGGAGACAUGCUGCGUGCUGUGUGAACACAAAUUCCACCCCGUUCUACUGGACGUGGGCAGUGACUCGAUGGUUGUCUGCCUGCUUCAACCUACUCUCAAGCGCUGUAGUGGGCAUUACUGGACUCAUUGCUAUCCUGACGCCCAGUAUUUCCGUUUCCUUGGCGGGAUUCACUCUAGCUUUUGCUUCAACCGUAACUAAUGAUUUGUUGUUCCUGUCUCGGUGGUUCGUUGCUCUGGAACAGUCUAUGGUUGAAGUUGAACGAAUCAAGGAGUUCUCCGAGAUCAAGCGGGAGCCCCCAGAAUUCGUGGAACAACGUCCUCCAGCAUCGUGGCCAGAGCACGGCGCCAUCAAAUGCGAGAACCUAGUCAUCCGAUACGCGCCUGAGCUGCCAAAUGUGCCGCACAGUCUCAGUUUAGAGAUCAAACCGAGUGAGAAGGUCGAAGGGCGUAUCCUUAUUGAUGACUUGGAUAUUGCACAGCUGGGCCUCACAGAUUUGAGGAGCAAGCUGACCAUUAUCCCUCAGGAUCCUACGAUUCUGAGUGGGACACUCCGCUCGAUGCUCGAUGUGUUCGAUGAGUACGAAGAUGCUGAGAUUUACGAAGCUCUCCGAUGCGUCCAUCUAAUCCCCUCGGCCGACACGCCCGCUGAAGACAGCGGGACGUUGAACGCGAACGUGAACGUCUUCCGGAACCUCGAAUCGCCCGUCUCCGAGGGCGGAGAGAAUUUCUCUACCGGCGAGAAGCAGCUGCUGUGCAUGCCACGGGCUAUUCUCAAAUGCUCGAGGGUACUCCUGAUGGACGAGGCUACUGCGAGUGUCGACUAUGCAACGGACGAGCUCAUUGGCAAGACAAUCAGACAGGAAUUUGCCGACAGCACCAUCCUCACCAUCGCACACCGGUUGCGCACGGUCAUCGACUACGACAAAAUUAUGCUUCCAGAGGAAGGUCGAAUUGUAGAGUUUGACAAGCCCGCCGUCCUCCUUGCGGACCCGGACUCCAAGUUUUGCUCGUUGUGCAAGGCGACGGGGAAGAACGAGUUCGCCGUGCUCAAGGCGGGUGUCCGGUCAUAG